AUGGAACAGAUUGUUGCCAUGGGCAAGAUGAUCAACGUGGACUUUGCCCAAAGCUUCCAUGCUGAUGAUACAAUCCGUGCUGCCGAGGAGACCGGGGCGCGGGUGGUCUUCUUGGAUCCUGUGGUGAAUGUUGUUAGACUGCCAUGCACUGACAUUCGUGCUUUCUUGAAGAAGGUGACGGGACAGGCGGGCGGAAAAGACCGUCUUGUCGUUAUCGACGGAACAAUGAUCUCUGGGGGCUUGUCCGUGUUCGACUGGGCCUCAAGCAGCGAUGGAGGACCGGCAGUGCUGUACCAUGAGAGCGCGAGCAAGUACGCCCAACUGAGCCUGGAAAUUCAAAUGACCGGCUUCUUUGUGGCGCCCUCACACUUGGACGAGCUCCUACGAAAGAUAAGACGCAACACGGGAGGCGUGCUGUCCCGGCAUGGCGUGGCAUGCUUGCCGUCCCUCACCCCGGAAAUCUAUGAGGCCCGACUGCACAUGUUGACUCACAAUGCUGAGUCGGUUUAUCGUGGUCUCCAAGAGUGUGUCUUGCAUGCGGCCAAGGUCGUCUAUCCGGGGGCGCACUUGUUACCGAUGAGUUCCUCGAUACUGAACUAA